CUUUCCAGCUGCGAGCGCCGCGGCUUCAUUACACAACUUUACCGUGCACUGGUGCGAGGGGACGAGCAUUGCACCCGCGACCCGAGGACGCACGGCGGAUUAAAGCCGGAGACCGAUCUGACCCACCGAUCACUUUUCUCCCCCUCCUUCUCCACCUCCUCCACCACCACCUCCUCCUCCUCCUCCUCCUUCUUGUCGGGGACGCGCACGAAAAGUUGCUGCCGGCCCCGCGGACGGACGCGCACACGCCGGGACUCGGGACGUCGUGGGUCGGUCGGUGUGCUGAGGGCCAGCCCGGCUCGGAGCUUGUUUCCCCCGCCGUGCAUGGAGCUUCGCUCCGCCGCUGCACCGCCGCCCCCGGCGGGAUCUCCGUGAGGACUUCACGCCCCGUCGUUUAUUCUAGUGUUUUAUUUUUUCUCCUCCACUCGGACUGAAGGGAGAUGACCUAACCCGUCGGAGGGCAUCUCCCCCAAACCCCCCACCACAGGAUGAGGAGAUGGAUCCGAGUGGACUGAAGCUCAACGGUAAUCAAGAAGCCAGCCUGAAAUGCGGGGAGCUCGGACCUGAAGCGUGCAGAGACGCGGGCGAAGCGCCGGCUUUAGCGCUCACAUCAGCCAUGCACCUGCCCAGCCCCGGCUCUCUGUCCCAGAGCUCCGUGGCCCCCAACGCCGGCGGCGGAACCAAAGACCCGGCGGAGCUCGGGGGCCUCUUUGAGCAGCAGCAGUGUGAGGACCUGAAGGAGGGGAAGAUGAUCCGCAUGCAGAAGCAGCAGCAGGACAUUGACAUGCUCACCAUGGGGGACGACCUGUCGCUGUUGAACCAGAGUAUUUCCAUUCUCGACCAAACGUCCUGCUCGGUCGCCAACCCCUCCGACCCCACCAUGUUCGCUCUGCCCAACUUUUUCCCUCAGAGCAUCAAGCAGGAGGGGCUUUUCUCCCUGUACAAAGACAUGGGAACUUACAGUGGACAACCGGGCGCCGUCCCGAUCGACCUGGAGGAUAACAGCAGCCGCCUGAUUGACGACGCAGAGUUUUUGCGAGACCUGGACCUCACGAACCCGCUGAAGGAAAUCAGCGAUGAUGAGUUGAUUACGGAGGUGGAGCACUUGGAUAGCCUGCUGCAGCAGAGCAGCUCCGGGGUCUGCGUUGGAGCCUUCGCCAAGGAGACCAGCGCUCUGGGAAACGGAGACAACUGCACGGCGGUGAACGGCACGGGGCAGCAGCAGCACCAGCAGCAGCAGCAGCAGCAGCAGCUGCUGCCGCACCACCACCUGGUGCACCAGCACCAGCACCAGCAGCACCAGCAGCUCCAGCACCAGUCCAUGCUCUCCAGCGUCAUCAUCAAGGAGGAGAAGGACCCCGACUUCAUCCAGAUCUGCACUCCCGGCGUGGUGAAGCAGGAGAAGCCGGACGGCGGCGGUUACUGCCAGGCGCCGUGUCUCCAGGGCUUCCCCGGCCCGGGCCCCGGCCCCGGGGCCAUGUCCUCCCCUCUAUGCGUUGGUUCGGGACCCAGCUACCACUACAGAGCCAACACGCCCACCGCGCUGGGCCUGCCAGACCAGAAGCCUUUUGGCAUGUACUCAAACCUGCCCCCGGUCGGGGAGCGCUGGAUGGGAGGGAAGCGCUUUGGAGAAUCCUCCGGGCUGCAGGGCGGCGCCGACGGCCUCCCGUCCGCCCCGGCUCUGCCAAACUUCCCCGUCAGCUACUCCAGCUCCUCACCCAGGACAGGAGAGACCAGCAGUCCCGCGUUGCCAAACCCGUCCAAGUCCAGCGGGCAGACCCACAAGAUCUGCCUGGUGUGCUCGGACGAGGCCUCCGGCUGCCACUACGGGGUGGUGACGUGCGGCAGCUGCAAGGUGUUCUUCAAGAGGGCCGUGGAAGGAUGGAGAGCUCGACAAAACACAGAUGGUCAGCACAACUACCUGUGUGCAGGGAGAAACGACUGCAUCAUUGAUAAGAUCCGCAGGAAGAACUGCCCGGCCUGCCGCUUCAGGAAAUGUCUUCAAGCCGGCAUGAACUUGGAAGCGAGGAAAAACAAGAAGCUGAUCAAGAUGAAGGCGCCGCGGUCCGCCGGGCCCCCGGAGUCCGUCAGCAACAUGCCGGUCCUGGUGGUUCCCCGGAGCAUGCCCCAGCUCCUGCCCACCAUGCUGUCGGUCCUGAAGGCCAUCGAGCCGGAGAUCAUCUACUCGGGCUACGACGGGACGCUGCCCGACACGUCCUCCCGCCUCAUGACCACUCUCAACAGACUGGGCGGCCAGCAGGUCAUCUCUGCAGUCAAGUGGGCCAAGUCCCUGCCAGGCUUCCGUAACCUGCACCUGGACGACCAGAUGACGCUGCUGCAGUGCUCCUGGCUCUUCCUCAUGUCCUUCGGCCUGGGCUGGAGGUCGUACGACCAGUGCAACGGCAGCCUGCUCUGCUUCGCCCCCGAUCUCAUCAUCAACAAAGAGCGCAUGAAGCUGCCCUUCAUGACCGACCAGUGCAAGCAGAUGCUGAAGAUCUGCAGCGAGUUCGUCCGCCUGCAGGUGUCCUACGAGGAGUACCUGUGCAUGAAGGUGCUGCUGCUGCUCAGCACAGUGCCGAAGGACGGCCUGAAGAGCCAGGGAGUGUUUGACGAGAUCAGGAUGUCCUACAUCAAGGAGCUGGGCAAAGCCAUCGUCAAGAGGGAGGAGAAUGCCAGCCAGAACUGGCAGCGUUUCUACCAGCUAACUAAGCUACUGGACUCCAUGCAGGAGAUGGUGGAGGGUCUGCUCCAGAUCUGCUUCUACACCUUCGUGAACAAGACCCUGAGCGUGGAGUUCCCGGAGAUGCUGUCGGAGAUCAUCGCCAACCAGCUGCCCAAAUUCAAGGAGGGUGGAGUCAAGUCUCUGCUGUUCCACCAGAAAGGACUGCCUUAAACUGUGAACCGAUGCCUUAAACCCCGCCCCGCCCCGCCCCGCCCCGCCCUGCCUGCUUCCCCCGCCUCUCCUCGUCUAAGCUUUUGGUUGGUUGUUUUUGGUUGUUUCUGUUUGCUUCCUUUGAGCCCCCCCACACCCCCACACCCAUCCAGGCUUUGACCAUCCAGCCUCGUGUUGGAGCUCAACACCCGCGUCCUCUAACUCUUUAUUCCAGUCCUCCGGCAGGACGUUCAACCACUGACCUGGAGCUCAUCCCUCCCGGCUAGGCCAAGAAGAAUUAGCCUUUUUUUCUGUUUUGUAACCCCUUCCCCUCUCCUCCCCCCCCCCCCCCCCCGUGGCCCUCAGCUCAGAUAAACAGCACUUUCUUACGACGUCCAUCCUCCUCGUGCUUUCUCUCCCGCCUCCAGAGCGUCAGCGCUGUGUUUGGCUGAGAGAGCACCGUUUCCUCCCUCCACACGACACUCAGCAGCCACGAUUGUCAGAUCAAGCCAAGAGUUCGCCGGCUGACCAGCUCCAGGAACCCGUUCAGGAUGAAGAAGAGGACUAAAACAAAAACAAAAAAAAACGCGGGAAAGUUGGACACGUUCUCUGACACGAGAGAGUGGAACCAGAUCAACUUACCUGACCAGUUCAAACCUAAACAGCUCCGGGAAGAUUCUUCAUUUCUUUUAUGCAGACACGAUUCGCUUAGCCAAAUGUUUACACAGGAUGUAUCAGAGGGAAAACCAGUGCCUUUUAGUUCUUCAAGUUGUCCCGGCCGUCUUUGCUGAAGCCGAUGUUUCCUGUGAGAUCCUGCGUGGACGUCGUCCCGGUUGAUUUCUCUGCUUUCCAAGCUGACGUUUGUGUUUGUGUUGCUGUUAAACGGCUGAUGUUCUGGGUUCUGACCUGCAGGACGAGCGUCGGUACGGAGUAGGAGGCGUGACGGCAGCGUGACAUUUUAAUGCUCUCAUUUUUUUCAGGGACAUUUUGAUAAUCAGGUAAAUAGAGAAAAAAAAAAGUUAAAAAUCAAAGAAAAACGAUCACCACACUUUCACACAUUUUCUCCUUAGCCAUGUGACGUUAUAUAUUAUAUUAUACAGAUGUUCGUCGCACCGCCGUAUCGGUCGUGAAUCGUGUCUAAAGUCAGAGUUCCCUGAUUAUCCCGACAGAUACUUUCAUCUCAACGCGCCGCCAGCAGCACCGAGCUCUUUAAACUCCACGGGAGUGUAAAACAGCUAAUAUUCACAGGUACGUUAAAGCAGCACAAAGGAACCUGGUCAUGUUUGACUCUCCUGGUCCGGUUUAGAGUCACUGUUUGGUCUCUGUCUCCUCCUCCGUCUCCUGGAGUCAGAUAUGUUGGUGCAGCUAGAUGAUACUGCUUUACGACUUCCGGGAGUUCGCUUGGCGUCCGCAGGCCUUGUUUUCAGCUAAGCUUAAGCCGCGUGACGACGAUCGGUGCCGUGGUGGGCCCGUUUCCACGGCAACGGCCUGAGGCGGUAGAGGAUUAUGGUUGCAUCAAACCAACGCAGAGCACACGCCGUCGCCGUGACGCUGUGGUGAACCUUCUGACUUCUCCGUCACUCCAUUUCUCCGCGGUGCAGUACCCCCCGUGACCGCUAAUUCGCGAUCUUUUUCUGAAUGGUUUAUCCAACUUUUUCCGGUCACAGUGAAUCAAAGAGAUAAGGACAACUAUUGUGCAAAAAACGAAAACAAAAAAAAUCACACAUACACGAAGAAAAGAGGGCUGAAAGUUCACGACUGCUUCAAACCGGAAACCGGAAAUGCAUUGCCACCAAGCGAACCAAUCACAGCCCUCUCGUCUGCGUUUGGUCUGCGUCGCCUCGAGGUGUAGUUACAAUUUUUGGGAGGUGCACGUCAGUGACGGCGUCACUGACGGCGUCAGUGACGGCGUCAGUGACGUGUGGUCUGCGUAGACGCGUAGCACAUGCCGUAGGCACGGCGUCGUUUUGAUGCAGAACCAUAACUCAGUCUUGAGAUGCUACGAGGUGUUUUGACCCCAGAGUUGGACGUGUUUCCUCUGCAUUGUGUGUGUGUUUGGAACAGUCCAGACCAACUACACAGCUUGUAAAUGAAGCGCGAGCUUGUGGUCGUUUGUGCAGCGAAUGCUACCGUUACUUUCUCUUGCAAUCUCCGUGUGCUCACGCACGAGCCGGCCGUCUGCAGGAGUUCUCUCGGCUUCUACACGCAAAGAUUUCUCCACCUCCGGAGACGGGUCUCGCUACGGCGGUUUGGACGCACCGGAGUGGUUGCCGUGUUCACACUGACCCGAGCGAUGGAUCGCACUCACGUCCGUAGUGGCGGUGAAAACAACAACAAACCCCCAACGUCUGGUCUGCAGAUCUGACUGGUUUCAUCACCGCCGGUGACGUAACGAUACGCAGUCAGGGAGGAGGAGAGUCCAAAGUUGCUGAUAACAACGGCAAAUAGUCCUUAAAACUGAAUCAAAACCCUUUUUUAAACAUGGAAGAAGAAAAUAAAGUCCUUUGUGCUGCUUUAACAUCUUGAUAAUAACAAAUAGCUAAUUUUCGCAGAUGCAAUUGAACAAAUAAGGGUUUUAUCCAACAUGCACGCACGCACACAGUCAAAUCUCCAGGGUCUUUGUGUUAGAAAACAGCCAUAAUGAUUGGAGUAUACCUGGAAUAAAGUCAUCCCGCUCCGAUUCUCAGAUAACAAAGUGUUUUCAGUGCAGGUCCACUCUCUCUCUCUGGUCCUCAGGAAAUUAGAGCAAGCCCGUUGGUUCAAGCCGAGCUUGUUUUUCUCCAGCGGGCCGAUGAUUACGGCCUCAGAUAAAGUACCGCCAUCACAGUAAUUCCAUAUCAACCAACUCACAUUAAACUAAGCAUGUAAUAGUCCUGAAAUGAAAAAAAAAAGUUUGGAGAAAGUGCUAAUUGCUCUGAGAGAAGACGACUGAGCUCUUAGUCCUGCAGCCUCUCGUUAAGCUCAAAUAAGACGACUAAAACCCCCAAGAUAAACAAACAUUCCACUCACAGCCGUUCUACACAAACCCUUUAAGUAACUUCAUUCUAACAUCCGCACACUAAACUACACUUAUUACGACUUUGUACCUGGAAAACAGAGUAACACGGACACUCUGGGUUGUUUGGUUUUAAACGUCUAUUACGGUGAUUAUAAUAGACCCACUUCUAUUUUCAGCUCAUUUAGAAGUUGAAAUGUUGGGAAAAGCUGCAUUUAAAGUCCGACAGAUUUGGGAACUAAAGCUCAGGCUACGAGUGAUCACAGCAUUCACACACGCGUCUCAGCAGUGCCAAACGUGACGGCAGGGUUUCUCUUCUUCUUUCUUUUCCCCGGAGGUGUGAUGUGAUGUGGAGUCGUAGGGCUGCUCCGUCUGCAAGGUCACACCCUCCGUGUGCAAGGUCACACCCUCCGUGUGCAAGGUCACACCGACACCGGCCUCAGCGGCCCGGCGGUCGUCAUCCACGGGUGUUGGCCGGCGUUUUGGCCAAAGCAAAUACAGGAACCAGCUCAGAUACGGAGCAGCCGGUGUUCUGCCAAUCCUCGCUCCCUGCCGAGAAAUGCUACUUUGUGGUUCUGCGCACGCGCACAGUCGAUUUUCAAAGUUUGCAUCAUUUCUUGCACGAUGUAAAAUGGAUAAUAUGGGAUGUUGAGUAUUUGAUCCUUCAGAAUACACGACCCAUGACAUGAAUUGCAGAAAGGCUGAUUUAUGGUUCCGUGUUACACCAACGCAGAGCCUACGCCGUACCCUACGGCGUAGGCUCUGCGUCUAUUUAACAUAAAUCAGCCUUUACACUUUGUGAACAUUAUACGAUAAAGAGAAAAAACAAAAACAAUUCUAUGGCUUUAUUUGAUAUUCAUUCAGUCAUUAGCCUUUAUUUAACCAGGCAGGUCAUUAAGAACAUUCUUAUUUACAAUGACGGCCUGGCAAGAGACAAGGACCACUUGGGGGGAAAAGGAAGUGGUUUAGGGAGUAAAACACAGUAAAAUUGUAGCUCUACAAAGGUAGAAAACCAUUAGGGAGCAUUUUUUGGCAAAGCAGCAGAAAUUGUCAGAACACCGGUGCAGCCGGAGCAGCGAGUGCCUCCACCCUCCUCUCCCGUCCUCCGCGUCCACCCGCCUCUCCGGCCGUAUAGAUCCCCAGCCGUUUACUCCGCUCGCACACACAUAACCUCAACGCCAGAUAGCAGGUCGCCAUGGCGACGGGUCAUUUGUACGUGACCCAGCGCUAACAGCCCAGCGGGCUCUGAAAGCGUCCGUGCUACCGUUCAAUUAGGAAGCAUGUUUUUCUUGUUCUUUUUUCUUUCAUUUGUUUCUGCAGCAGCAGGGUCUGUUCCUGUGCAGCGCAGGCUUAAGCUUCAAACCGCCGACGCUGCUCACGCGGCUCACGCUGCUCACGCUGCUCACGCUGCUCACGCUGCUCACGCCGCUCACGUCGCUGCGUGUCGUAUUAUUUCGGGGAGGAUUUGACUAAACGCUUCUACAGUUCCGUGGUUUCCGGGCGGCGGUGUUUCAGAAGAACCAGCUUUAACGUGUAGACCCCAGCUCGCGUCUACAUGGCGUAGUUGUACAUAGCAGCACUGGACUCGGUGCCACACUUCAACAGUGUCUGUUCCUACAUUAUAUUUUUACAUUGACCUCUAUACGCUCAAGUUUCUCUUAUCUUUCAACUACAUGCUCAACUUAAAGGCCUUGCGAAAGGGAGACAGAGAGCCAUAGAAAUACGAUUUCAAAUCAGGAAAUGGACAUUAUAUUAGAGCUUUUGGAGAUUAAUCUAUUGUAAAAAAUGACAAUAUUUUCUGUGAUUUUGAAUACAUCUGCUUGAUCCUCUUUGAUAUGACUAAUUUUACUCAAUCAUUUUUGUACAUUGAACGAGUCGAGAAAGUAAAUACUUCUGUUCUUCUCUUUUUCGGUUUCUUGGUUUGUGUUUGAUAAAAAGGUAGAUGUGUUGAAUACAUUAGGACGCGUUAAACAUGUUUGUCUCGUGACAUAAAUGUAAAAUCCUAGCAGUCAGUGGAAAAGCCUACACGAAUAAUCACUGUGGUUUUGUUUUUGGUUUUUUAAGAUAUAAGGAAAUGAUGCAGAGGGGGAGGGACGGCAAGUUAGAAGGACUGAUUCAUGCGCUAUACAAGAGUGACCAAAGCAGAGGAGGAAAGGAGGAAAAAACACAAAAAAAAAACAAAAAAAAAGUAAUCAAGCAGUUAUAUUUUGUGUAGCACCUACUGGCUUAUUUCUAGCCCUUCUGGUUUUAUCUCAAAUGUGUCUUUUGUAAAGGUCUUAGCUUUGGAUCUCAUGUAUAUUGCUGUGAGGACUUACUGGUCACUUUAAGAAAAAGAAAACAAGAAAAAAAAGCAACAAAAAAAACAGAAUCUAUGUGCAACUAAAUUUUCUGGAGCUUGAUGGUAUUGCACUACCCUCAUAUCGGUCUGUUUUGUAUAAAAUAAAUGCAAAUAUCUUUAAAGAUUAAGGGCAGAUCAUGUUUCACUGGUAUACAUAGCUACAGCUUUCAUUGAAGUCUGUUUUGUUUGUAUUUCAGUUAAAUAUAUGUAAUCCAAUGUAAAGAAAAUAUAUAAAUAUAAAAAAGUUUGCUUAAAAAAAAACUGUAGUUUGUAUUUACACUUCUGUAGUCAGUGUUGAUAUUUUCACCUAUCUGAUUAAAUGUUGAAUUAAGUGAUCGUAUCGUUGUUUGACAUAGGAUUUGGCGUUGUGUUGGAUGAGGCUUCUGUCAUCACUGGUGCGAAGCAGAAAUUUGGAAGAACUUAUUUCUCUUUAGUUUAACCAUCUUGCACAAUAAAGUUUCCUGGUUUUCAA